UUGUUUGUAAUUUUUGUACAGAUGCAGAGUUUAUUAUCAGACCCAGCCAUAGGACUUCAAGCAGCACAUGGUUUUGGUAUUAUAUUGAGGGACCAUGACUAUGCUCUAAGACCAGAAACCUUUGCUAAUAUCAGAUUGUUAUACAAGCAAAGGUACUUUGAAUAUGUAAUAGGUCCAUUAGUAGACUUAUUUAACAGUGCAGAGAACAGUACAAAACAGAAGGCCCUGUUGGCCAUCUCAUCACUUUUACCAUCAUUACCACAGCUUGUUUUGAAUGCUCAUAUCAAGAGGUUAUUGCCAGUUCUGCUCCAAGGCAUAACCUGUGAUGAGGAGGCUGUUACAGAGAGUACUUUAACAAGCCUUGUAAGUCUCUUGCAACAAUCUGUAGAACAUGCUGGUCCACAUGUCAGCACACUUGUACCAACUCUCUUUUGUUAG